AUGUUAAGGAAAAAGUCAACAAGGAUUCAGAAUGAUGGAUGUCUGACGGUGAUAGACCCCUAUCAAUACGGCGCCCAGACUGUCACUGUUGAUGGAACGUGGUCUGCGCCACAAAAGAGAGAAUUAUCUGAUGAGCCACUCAUGUCCGGCGCGGAAAACGUCUUCAAUCCUCUCGAUCGGCGAGCCGUCACUACUAGCGUCAGCACAAGUUCAUCAAGCUCGUCUUCGUCCUCGAAGACGUCUUCUGCUUCAAAGACGGCCAGCCAGGAGUCUACAAAGAAAAAAACGGGCACCUCUUCCAAGCAAACGAAAAGUUCCGAUAAAUCAAGCACCAAGACGGCCUCCACCCACUCCGCUACAGGAUCCAAUCAGUCCGCUAGCUCGUCCGCACGAUCAAGCUCCAAGUCCACUGUAAAAUCGGUGAAACAAACAGCAAGUUCGGAUAAGUCGAAAACCAAGACCGCGUCGACGCACUCGGCUUCUGGUUCCAAUCAGUCGGUCAGCUCAUCCAAGCGGACAAGCUCUCAAUCCAAAUCAGCUACUGGUACAUCCACCAACUCUGUGAAAACGACCACGACUUCUCAAAAGUCAGGGGCCUCAGGUACCGCUACUGGUUCAGUACAACAAAGCAAAAGCUCCCAGACAACGAAGACUAAAACCACGGGAAGCUCUUCACGCCAAUCUACGAAUUCUGGAUCUGCUCUUUCAAGUUCCACAUCCAAAUCGGUCAUCACUUCGGCAAAACAAACAAACACAUCCCAAAAAUCCAGCGUCAAAAGCACAAAACCAUCUUCGGGUGUAGCUACCACCCAGCAAUCGUCGUCAAAGUCCUCAGCAGUAUCUUCUGGGCAAGCCACUACCACUUCAUCAAUUGGCUUACCCCCAGGCUUCUGGUCGGCUACCCCUAGCGGAACACCAACCACGAUGCUGUUAUGCUCAGCAUCAGUAACAUGCGACAAGCCUACUCCAACAUGGCUCGAAAGCAUCGUCUCGGCGCCCACGAAUUUCUUCAUCCCUAAGAUCACAGACCUCAAGGCAGUUCCUACUAAAAAGAUUAAACAGAAUGAAGAUGACGAUGACAGCCUUGCUGUUGUCUUUGUAAAACUUGAGCUACCGAAAGAUAAGUGCAAUCCGCUGCCAAAGCCUAAAUCAGGGGGUCUGCUGGGUGUUGUCGCCAACGUAGCCAACAAAGUUGUAGACACCGCUUUAGACGCUGCGUGCCACAUUGAGUUUCCCCAUAUUGAUGGCAAUCUGCCCGACUGGAUUAAUAUGGCCAAGUUUCCUGGCCUCAAAGGAUAUACCGAGCCUGGAAGUAAUUCUGAAGAGCCUAAAGAUCCCAAAACCGAAAAGAACACGAGCAAGGAAACAAGCAAAGAAACCAGCAAGGAAACCAGCAAAACAUCAAGCAAAGCAUCAAGUACCAGCUCUUGCAAGACCUCCGGCGUCCCUAAAUGCCAAGCUACGCAAGUGAUUUCGGGAACACGUACGUCUGCUGUAACGUCUUGCACGACGGUGAGCGCAUGCUCCCAAGCUGGAGCUACAGAAGUCAGCAAGACUACAAUCAGCUGCUCAGCCACUGGUUUUGCCAGUUGCAAAGGAACCAACAUCAUCUCAGGAACCAAGACGAGCAGCUUCGCGACGGAGUGCUCCACCAUCACAGCUUGCAAAGGCUCUGGCACCACCUCCAUCACAAUCACACCAGCAGCAGGAACCGGUUACGACCACAUCGUGCUCGAACCCAGCUUCUACGAACAUCAACAAUGUUUCAUGAGUUUGAUGGAAAGCGACAAAUUGGAUGAAAAAGCACUUGGUUCUUGUUUGGGCACUUCCCUUCCCGUUGCGACUGGUAGCAACACAGCUUCACAGAGCAGCGCAAAGAGCAGCGCAAAGAGCAGCGCAAAGACGACAGCAGGUCCAUCCAAGAGCGCUUCAACUUCGAAGACCAAACCCUCAUCAUCUGCGACAGUCACCGCGACAAAAACGAGCAGCAGCAGCAGCAGCAGCGCGCCGACCCCGCUACAGACCGUCGAUUUCAAUCCAGGAAAACAUUAUUUCACCCUCGAAGGAGGCAGUGUGAUAACGGAUUUGUGUGCGCGGUCCAAGAGUGAUUCCUCAAAGUGUUACUGCAGCUCAGAUUCAUGCACGACUGGGACGUGCGGUACAUUUGCGAAGAGCGAUGGGUUCGAAUGCACCAAAGAAUGUACGCAGUGCAAACUCCCCCAAGAUCGGUACAUACAGAUGGUCGGGCCGGAUGGGGUGAAGGACACUGCGAGUGCAGCAACAAGUGUAGCAGCAAGAUGA